CUUAGUUAGUGGUUGACCCACUAUAAUAUUGUUUUCCAUAAUGAGUUACUGAUAUAGGUUCUCUAUGAGUUUACUAAUAUACAUAUAACGUAUAUUGUGUACUUGUAUUUUUCUUAUUUAUAUAAUGGAGUAAUGGAGAACAACAUUUCGCUUAUUUAUAUAUAUAUAUAUAUAUAUAUAUAUAUAUAUAAUAUAUUUCAAUAUGAACAAAAAAUUUGCUAUGCAUUAUAUUUGUUUGCAUAUGUCAUUUAGUUUUUUUGUGGGUAUACCCGGCCCUUAUCCGAGACCAGCUGGACCCAAAUCUAGAACAUAUGUUUAGGACUCAAAGCGUAAAUAGGUCCAGAUCUGCACCAAAAAUUACUCAACGGAUAUGAAUAUGAAAUUUAUAGUUCCGGCCUGUAUCCGACCCGUUGACAGACCUAGUUUAUUCACAUAAGGAUAUUACUAGGACAGUUCUGGGCAAAUUCGAGAGUGCCAGGCUCUCCAAACUCUAUUUCCUAACUGAAAAUCCCCUCCACUUCUCACACACUCCCCUCCUAUUUAUACUCUUAUAGUAAUUUUUUUUCGCAAGGGCCGGCCCAUUAUUCCUGAUUUGCAUGGCACAAAACCCUCUUUUAUACACUAUCACACUCUUUAAUACUAUACUAUUAUACUUAUUAGUAUUAUUGUUUGUGUCCCUAUCAAACUGGUGUGUUAUUUCUUUCCCACCCAUUGCCUUUUCAGGAUCUUGGGACGAAGCAGAUUAUUGGUAAAGGCAGAUUGGUUAAUGGCUUAUAUGUUUUUGAAUCCUUGGUGCUGAGAUCACUUGCAUGCACCAGUUCAUCUCUGUUAAAAGUUCAUUGUCAAUUUGGUCAUACAUCUCUUCUUGUACUACAUAAAGAUGGGUCUUAGUCUGUCACGGGAGUCUGUUUUAGAGUGUGAAGCAUGUCAAUUUGCGAAGCAUCACAGAACAACUUUCCCUCGGAUAAAUAAAAGUGUUGAGUCUAGUUUUGAUUUAGUUCACACUAAUGUGUGGGGUCCUUGUCCUGUCGUUUCCAAACUUGGUUAUCCUUAUUUUGUCACAUUUGUGAUUAUUUUUCUCGGGUUACUUGGCUUUAUCCUUUGAAAUCCCGUUCUGAUGUGUUUAUUGCAUUUUGUACCUUUCAUGCUGAAAUUCAAACUCAAUUUAAUAAGAAUAUACACAAUCUGAGAAGUGAUAAUGCUAAUGACUAUUUAUCUAACACUUUUCAGACUUACUUAUCUCGCCAUGGGAUUUUGCACCACACUUCUUGUCCCUAUACACCCUAACAAAAUGGUUUAGUUGAAUGAAAGAAUCGUCACCUACUAGAAGUAGCUCGAGCCUUAAUAUUUUACAUGGGGUUCCUAAACCAUUUUGGGUAUAGACGUUGUCUGCUACCUUAUCAAUCAUAGGCCUCCUUGUGUUCUUAAUGGUCAAAUCCCGUCAGUGUUCUCUUUUGUUCCUCAUGUGUUUGAUUGCGCAUGUUUUGUCCGGGAUAUGCGUUCCAAGGUCUCAAAACUUGAUCCUAAAUCAAUCAAGUGUGUUUUUCUCGGUUAUUCCCGAUUACAGAAAGGAUAUCGAUGUUAUUAUCCUUCAUUGGGACGGUAUCUUAUCUCUGAAGAUGUCACUUCUUUUGAAGAAACACCUUUCUUUCAGACUAAUUCAUCUUCAUCCCCUCCUCUGGAACUCUUUAAUGAUGAGUUUCUAGUCUAUCCCCCUAGUAAGGUUUCCCCAUCAACUUUCGUUCAACGUCCACCUCCUCAAAGUUUACUCUCAUCGUGUAUGCCCUGUGACUACGACACCUACUAUGGCUACCAGUGUACCACCACCAUCUUCUGUUUCGCCUCCAGAAUUUGCUCCCUCUUACCUUGAUCUCCCAAUCGCCCUUCGAAAGGGUACUUGUACUUAUACUUAUCACACUUCUUCCUUACUAAUAAUGCAUUGUCACCUUCCAAGAGCUUUGUUCCUUCAACUAUUUCUGAGGCAUUGGCUCAUCCUGGUUGGCAAGAGGCAAUGCGAGAGGAGAUGAUGGCUCUCGAUCGGAACCACACGUCGGACCUUGUAUAUCUUCCACCCAACAAGAAAGUUAUGGGGUGUAAAUGGGUGUUCACCACUAAAAUGAAUCUUGAUGGUUUUGUUGCUUGUUUAAAGACACGGUUAGUAGCUAAGGGUUAUGCUCACACAUAUGGUAUAGUUUACUUUGACACUUUCUUUCCUGUUGCAAAACUUACAUCCCUUUGGUUGCCAUUUACAAUUGGACACUCCAUCAACUUGAUGUUAAAAAUGCCUUUUUGAAUGGCAACCUUAGUGAGGAAGUAUACAUGGAGCAACCAUCAGCAUCGUGGGGAGUCUGGAAAGGUAUGUAAAUUAAGGAAAUCGGUCUAUGGUCUAAAACAAUCCCCAUGAGCUUGGUUCGGCCGCUUCAGUGCUGCAAUAAUUAAAUUUGGCUUACGUAGGAGUGCCUAUGAUCACUCAGUUUUCUUCUCUACCUCCAAUCCUGGAUGUAUUCUAUUGGUUGUGUAUAUUGAUGAUAUUGUGAUCACUUGCAGUGAUGUGAGUCGUAUUUUGAAACUAAAAGCUUUCCUUGCUACUUGCUUUCAGAACAAAGAUCUUGGGCCCUUGAAGUACUUCUUAGGAAUAGAAGUCUCACAUAAUAAUCAGGGAACUUGUCUCCAAAGGAAAAAUUGUCUAGAUGUGUUAAAUGAUGCAGUGUUGAUUGAGGCAAAACCGUGUGAUGCGUUGAUGAUCCCGGAUGUAAAGUUAACCGCUGAUGAAGGUGACUUGCUCAGAAAUCCUGAGUAUGGUAAGUCAGUUUCUGUCCACUCCACGAACAUCUCACUGGGAUGCAGUUACUCGUAUCCUAAGAUACUUGAAGGGGGCUCCAGGGCGUGGGAUACUAUAUCAGAACCACGGACAUCAUGUUAUUGAAGGGUUUACUGAUGCGGACUACGCUGGAAACCCUAAUGAUCGAGAUUCCACCACUGGUUAUUGUGUGUUUGCGGGAGGUAACCUUGUAUCAUGGAAGAGUAAGAAGCAAAAUGUUGUCUCUAGAUAAAGUGCAAAAUCUGAUUAUCGAGCUAUGGCACAUACCACAGGUGAGCUGGUUUGGCUUCAACAUUUGCUUGGUGAACUUGAAUUUGCUCCAACAGAACCAAUGAGAUCAUGGUGUGAAAAUCAUGCAGCUAUCCAUAUUGCAAAUGAUCGAAAGAACAAAGCAUAUCGAAGUUGAUCUCACUUUACUCGAGAAAAGGUAGAAGAUGGUACAAUUUGCACUCCACACAUCAAAACAGGAAAUCAACUCGCAGAUGUGUUCAUCAAGGCUCUACCGGGGACACC